UUCCCAUCACUUUGGUGAUGGGUUAAAAACAGAGGUCACAUUUGGUUGUGUGCAGUGGUGAGCUGUGCCACACUGACAAGGAGUUCACUUUCCUUAACCCCAACCACUGUGUAGCAUCUAUAACAUUAGCAACUUUAAGAUAGCCACCAUUUUCUGUUAGCAGCUGCUACAUUACCAACAACUUGGGAACCAUCUCUUCUGCGUUAGUCUUUUCAACUUUUUUUAGCUCUCAAUUGGUACAUGGGGGAAAUUCAUAUUUUCACAUUUACAUUUUCAAUUGAAUAAAUCUGAAACGUACCAUGCACAAUUAACAUGUUCAAUACAACAUUUAUUAUCAUCUCUCUGUGGUGGUGUUUUCUCAGGUGGUACAGAGUAUAAAAACUUUUUAUUUUUUAAGAACCACUGAUUUAGACGAUGUUUUUUUGCUUGUGCAGGUUGAUUAAAACUAAUUCAUCCUUUGUGUUAAUUAACUGUAGCUGCUGAAGCUUAUUUGGACAUUUCAAACCCGGUUUGUAUUCUAAUAUAACCACAGUAUAAGACUUUCUACUAUAUGGACUUCACUUUAUUUCUAACGUCAUAAUGUCAGCCCGGUUCAGCCCUGGCUGUGUGGGACUCUCACCAUUUCCUGUCAGAGCAGCAGAAACUUCCUGACUCUCCUUCAGCUCAGGCUCUAACUCUGAGGCUGCAGCGCUCUGAGGAACUUUCCCCAUGAUGCUCUUCUUCAUCCUACUCUUCUUCCAACACCAUUUGGCCCACGUUGCCAUGGUUACAACAGUGCCCGGCUGCUACAGAGACCGUGACAAGGACCAUCGGCCGAGAGAGAACUGUACAGCUGCAGGUUUCACCAGCAUCCCGACGGGAAUUGAACCUUCAAUCAAGGUUCUCUUGUUUCCCAGAAACCUGUUCUCCAGUCUGUCGUGGUCCAGCUUCCAGAAGUUUGACAAGAUCUACCAGAUUGACUUAUCCUUCAACAAGGUUCCAGAGGUCGUACCCAGCAUUGGUCCAGUCCUGCCCACACUCUCCGUCUUGAAUUUGGGCUCCAACCUUCUGACGUCACUCCCUGACCAAUCCUUCUCCGCCUGUCCCGCUCUGACUGAACUCUACCUGAACAACAACAGCAUUCAAUCUCUGAGCAACCAAACCUUCGCUGGACUUAGCAAACUGGAGAUCCUGGACCUGUCGUCCAAUCUCAUCAGAGUGCUUCCAACCCUGAUGCUCCACCCACUUCCUGCCAUUGAAACCCUCUACCUGGAGUUUAAUAAGAUCGCAGUGAUGCCAGAUGAUUGGUUCAGCACAAAAGUGGAGGUGCCGUAUCUGUUCUUGUCAGCGAAUCCCUGGACCUGUUCCUGCUCACUGGGUUACUUUUACCAAUACCUCGUAGAUAAUGAAUUAAAUGUCUAUGUCCGUGAUGGACCAAUCCUCACAGCUGAUGCGGAGAGUGUGGUGUGUGAUUCUCCACCAAGGCUCAAACACCAGGCAUUACUGACUCUGAAAGAAUCCAAUCUGUGUUCCACAGAUUCGGAUCCAAGUGAACAAGAAGUAACCUUUCUUCCCCCGCUUACAACCACCAGGACUCUUCCUCCUCCUCCUCCUCCUCCUCCUGUGGUUUCUACAUCAGCUCCUCCUACCCCAGCUCCUGCCUUCUACAUCCGACACGGAGAUACUCCCUUAAAUUAUCACCGAGUUGUCACAAGGUCCUGGCUCGACUACAUCACCCGCGUUGUUGAGCUGACUCAACGACCGAGGGCAGAUUCAACUAAAGGCCCCGACCACAUGCCAACUACUGCUGCUCCAAAACUAGCGACUACAACUAGACCAUCAACAACAUCAGAACUCUGGGUUGUCACAACACCAAGUCUCAUUGAAUCAACACCAGUAAUGGUUCCUUCAACCACACCAUUAACAACAACCAAGCACUUGGCCAUCGCAACAACCAGCACUGUCAAAGCAACAAUUUUCCAAGUUACCACAGGGGGCGCGGUUAAAGGUUCUAAGGCCCAAGAACAUGACAGCACUAAGAAAGUCCAGGUGGCGGAGGUUUUAUGUUUGUGGCUUUUCAUUGCAUGUGUUCUCUUGUGUGUGGUAUCAGCAGCAGGCAUCGCAGCCACCGCGGUCAGGUUGGCGGUGUGGCACCAGAGAGUGUACAAGCCUCUGAAGGUUGCACUAGCAAAUAGGCACAGAGUUGGAGAAAAAAUGAGGCUGUUAAUGCAUAAUGGGAGGGAAGAGAGGGAGAUGACAGGAGGUGUAGGAGGAGCAGUGAUGGCAUUGUAUCGCUCCGUUCUGUUUAUUCACAGAGAGGGCGAUCAAAGGUUGGAGGAGGAAGAUGAAGUCAGAAGAAGUGAUGGAGGAGGAGGAGAAGAGAAGGCAAGAGUCCUGGUCAGUCUAGAGCCAAGAGGUGGAGGAGGUUUGAGAAGAGAGGAAAAAGAAGGAAGUGAGGAGAGGGGGGUGUACAGAAAGACUAUGUAUCGUCUGGUCAGCAAAGAUAAGGUGGUGGCCGGCUGGAGGGACGUGACGGAGGAGAGCUGGGUCCCUGCUGAUGAGACAAUGAGAGAAAGAACACAGGUUUCCAAGAAGCGCUACAGUGUGAUUCUGAGGGAGGAGAUGGGGGAGGAAGCGCAGAGGCAGCAGGAAAGAGAGUGGGUGGUUGGAGGGUGGGAAGUAAAAGGAGGAGAAGUAGCUGGUGAGAGAAAUGUGGAGGAGGAGCAGAGGAGCAGCUGGGGGCAGUGGCUGGUUCAGUUCUUACCCAGUGUGCCAUGGGGAGUGACCACACCCUCAGGGGGGGAGGGCAGCUCAGUGAUAUCUGUGGAUCAGUUUUCAUGAUCGGGUUCUCCAGAUCAAUCUGCGUUGAUUCACUCCAUCUUUCCAACUAACUCCAAGUCAGAAGUGUUGGAUUACUAGCCAAACACAAAAUCACCACCGUCUGCUUAGACUCUUCUUAGGGGAGGUAAUCUGCUCUUUCUCACCUAAAAUUUUCUGGAACUAUUUGGACUGAACACACUAACCAAGCUUUUCUAGGCUGAUGUGGACUCAACUGUCUUCUCCUGAGUUGGACAGUUGGACUUCACGCCCCUCACCUUGGUUCUUCAGAACCCUGCUGUGCACCAGCACCUUUUCACAACCUGUAAGAACUGGACUGAACUCCAGCGCUCCCUGCUGAUGAAGCUCAUUUCUGAUCGCUUUGCAUUGAUUCUAAUAAAGAUUAACAAACGUG